GAAUAAUUAAAGCAUGUCGCUUUUUGGGUUGAAGAAAAAUUAUUAUCCUAGUACUAGUACUACUCGUGGAUCCUGUAAAGAUGGCGACAGCAAUAUACCUGGAACAUUACCUAGACAGUAUUGAAAAUCUUCCCUGCGAACUCCAGAGAAACUUCACUCUGAUGCGUGAGUUGGACAAUAGGGCUGAAGAAAAGAAGGGAGAAAUUGAUAAGCUGGCGGCAGAGUACAUCACGAACGUGAAGAAUCUGGCCUCAGAGCAGAGAGUGGAGCACCUGCAGAAGCUCCAGUCCGCCUACAGCAAAUGCAAAGAAUACAGCACUGACAAAGUGCAGCUCGCCAUGAAAACAUACGAAAUGGUGGACAAGCAUAUUUGCAGGCUGGAUGCUGACCUGGCUCGCUUUGAGAAGGAGCUGAAGGAGAAGCUGGCAGUGAGCACUGAAGAGAGCCCCGAUGGGAGGGCACUGAAGAAGGACAUCAAGGACAAGAAGGGGCCCAAGGGGCGAGGCCGGAAAGUGUCAGAGGAAGAUUCACCAAGGAAGAAAAAGCUGAAAAACAGGCCAGAGGUGAAAGUCUCUGUUCUGGCAGCACAUUCAUCCGAUGUGUUGGACAUGCCGGUCGAUCCCAACGAGCCAACUUACUGCUUGUGCCAUCAAGUGUCGUACGGAGAAAUGAUUGGAUGCGAUAACCCUGAUUGUCCAAUAGAGUGGUUUCACUUUGGCUGUGUUAACCUUUCUACAAAGCCUAAAGGGAAAUGGUUUUGUCCUUGCUGUGUGGAGGACAAGAAGAAUUGAGCAGAUUUGGGGGAAGGAAAUCUGUCUAUGUAUAUUUCUAUGUAUAUGUAUUUUGUUUGCACAGUAAAAUGUAAAGCUUAUAUGAUUUCACCAUGGUUUCAUGGCGAGGGAAAAAUGUUUUAUUUUUUAAUUGAUUUGCUUUUACUUGAAAUGUACCAGUUUUAGUGGAGGUUUUAGUAUAUGUCGAGUCAUACUGUAGAUGAAUCCAUUUCAACCACAGAACUAUUACUGUGACCAGUCACUUUCUUUUAGUUUAAUUCAGUGUUAAUAAGAGGCACAUGGCAGCGAUGGAAGCUUUGUUUGGUCCCCAGUGUCGCAUCUGAUCUUUACCACUACCUACCUCGCAGGGUAAAUGCAACAAUCACUUAGUCUUGCGCCCCUGCUAAAACACAGGAAUGAAAAGCUUUCAUAUUCAAGCUUGAAGUCCUGAAUUCAAGUCCUAAGAGUAUAUUGUGUAUACUCCAAAAUGCUUUGAAAUCCUGGCUCCCCUCCUCACUUGAGUGCCGUGCUAAUGAUCAGAAAUACUUUGCAUACAUAGAUGCGGCACAGAGGCUGUGAUGCACUUUUUGAGGAACUGCUUAAGUGUUCUAAGCACUCCUGCAAUGUAAGAGUAAUUAACGUACAUACGGACCCUCAGUAAAAUUUUAUUCCCCCCCUUUACUCCCCAUGAGAUUGCGAUGGUGAUACAGGGGGAGGAGGUUUGAGAUUUGUUCAUGAAGGGGGUUGGGGCAUGGUAGUUGAGAUUGCGAUCAUAGGCUGGAUGGGGGGGUCUUAGCUUAAAACUAUAAAAUGUUUUGCUAUUAACUGUAGCUAUAAGCUAAGACAGGGCCCUUUAGGGAGUCUGGGCCCUACUCACCGUGCAUAUCCUCUGCACAGGAUGGGCCGGUGUUGCUGUCCUCUGUUGAGAAGCUUUCCCACCCCCCACCCCCCUUAUGGAGAGGCCUGCAUAUGUAUAAAAUUGGGUGGUGAAGACUUUUUUUUAGUUACCUUAAAGUAAAAAAUGUUUUGUUUAAAUCUUUUCAGUUUUAGAGCGGGCACUAAAGGAAGCAAAAACUGUGUUUGCUUAGUUGUAAGCUAUUUCGAGUGGUUUUGUAAUACAUCAUGACCUUUACUAAGUUUAUUUAACUUGCAAUCAAAACGCAACUUAUUUUAAAUUUGUAUUGCACAACAAGGUCUAACUAGCUUUCUAUAGUUGUAGCAGAGACAUUCUUUUAAAGAGAUAGUUCACUUUUUUCAGUUUCAGUGUAUGCUUUUGUAUGACCCAGGCAGUUUUUGCAUUCCAGAAGUUUCUAGACCUGCUGGCUUUACAAUUGCAGUUAUAGGGCAUUCAGAGGUUUGCGCUCUCAAGUAAUCAAAUACGCUUCAAGUAACUCUGAAGCAGCUUCCAUAGUGACGUAAUCAAAAAACUCCAGAGAGUGAAGUACCCAAUUAAAUAUAUUCAUGACUGCGGUGUGCUUAAGCCACCAAAUAAAAGUGUUUUGCACACCUAGGAGAAGGUACCACAUGAAACAUCAAUUAAAGGGAUAGCUCACUUUCUGGGGUUUUUUGAUAUUUCUUGUUUUAGUGUGUUUUCGAACAGCCCACACAGUUUUUGUGAGCAGUGGAUAUUUAUAUAUCUUUUAUAUUUACAGCAGUUUCUGAUGCAGAGAGUUACAUUAUAAAUAUGUGUAUUAUCCAAAUAUGCUUCAAAAAAUGUUGUUUAAUUGUAUUAACGGUUCAGACUAUUUCCUAUGGCACAUGCAACCUGCACUCAAGGGACGGUUUCCUGUAUCAACAUUACUACACAGGCAGUUGGAAGAGAAGAGCUUGCACUUGAGAACUGAGAACCAAUGAUAUAAAAAGAUGAUAUUUAUGUCUAUGGUUGUGAAUAAAUGCUGUAACUUUAA